AUAUCAAUAAGGGACCGCGCUUGGGGUUGUCAAUUGUAAAAUCGCACGAGUCGCUCUUAUCGCGAGCAUCGUAAGAGAGUGCUCCUUCAUUCUCGGUGAAGUUACCUCCAUCCCUGCAUCGUUCGAGCGGAUGAUAAAAAAUAAAGUGCGGUGAGUCAAACUAGUCGACGUUAGAAAAGCAAAACAAAAGUUGUUUGGCAUCAGCAAGUAGAUUGUUGAAUUAGCAAUUAAUUUAAUUUACGGUAAUCAGUUUCCAAUAUUGCAAUGUUUACGAUGUUUCAUUAUUCAAUUGUUGAUUUUUAUUUGAAUUAAUUGAGAGUCAUUAAAAAAAAAUAGUAACUUACGUGCAAUUUGCAAUUUUUGACUCGCAUACGUCGACUAAUCUGAUUUAUCGCGAUUAAUCGCGCUGCUGUACCUUUUAAACGAUAAUACCUUUUAAACGCGUUCUUCGAAAAGUGAAAGCGACUCGAGCGGUUGAGAAUGUUGUUUCUUGACGGGAUCAGAUGGAGCCCAUCUGGGAAUCGCACGGUCGUCAAAUAAACGAAGCUGGCUUGCGACGAGGAUCAGAUACCAGCGUCGUUCUAACCGAGGACACGGACAGCUUCAAGAUCGGCGACCGAGUAUGGGUCGGCGGCACGAAACCCGGCACGAUCGCCUACAUUGGGGAGACCAAGUUCGCUCCAGGAGACUGGGCAGGUGUCGUUCUGGACGAGCCUAUCGGAAAGAACGACGGUUCGGUGGCGGGUAGCCGGUACUUCCAGUGCGAGCCGAAAAGGGGCAUCUUCUCGAGACUUACCAGACUCACCAGGUCACCGUUGAGUGAUUAUCAGAGCACCAUGGUUUCUUCACCGACGACGCCAGUCGACGCCGUCAGGAGCGGCCUCCUCGGCAAAGCCAUGUCGUUAAACGCAUCGACGACGAGUCUUUCUUCGACGGUGUCGCAGAAGGGUGAACUGAGAACAGGCGAACGGGUGAUUGUUUCAUCGACACAGGGCAGCAAAACUGGAGUACUCAGGUACAUGGGCACCACGGAGUUCGCCGCGGGCGAAUGGUGCGGCGUGGAGCUGGACGAGCCGCUCGGCAAGAACGACGGCUCCGUCAAUGAAAAAAGAUACUUCGAGUGCCCGCCCAAGCACGGCCUGUUCGCGCCCAUACACAAGGUCAGCAGGUCGCCGUCCAACAAAAGGCCGUCCAUGAUACAGAAACCAGCCGGAGCCACUUUGAACAUCUCCAGCCUCCAGAAGAAGAGCGGCUCGCGCGAGUCGCUCGCUUCCAGCCUCGCGUCGAGCGUCACCAGCGUCAGCGCGAGGGCGAGCACGGCGAGCGGGACCACGGCGAGGAGGCCUGGCAUGCGCACGUCGACACCUGCACGAAGUUCCCUGCAGGAGGUUUUGAAAGAGAAACAGCAGGAGAUAGAUUCACUGCGGAGGGAACGAGACCUGGAGCGCGAGAGGGUCACAAAAGCGGCAAAUCAGGCCGAUCAAGCGGAACAAUCGGCGCUUUCGAUCAAACAGGAAUAUGAAAAGUAUCGCGAGCAGAUGCAGCAAACGGUCAACGAGGCGGAAAAUAACUUCGCCAAACUCCUCAGCGAGAAGAAUGCAUUGAUGGUGCAGCUGGAAGAGGAGAAAAGAAAAUGCGAGGAUCUUCUAUUUCGUUUCGAAGAGGAGUCUGUGAAUAAGGACGACAUACAGAAAGAGAGAUCAGAGCAAAGUGUCAUAAAUACUGUAAAUGAAAGCAGGAUCAGAGAGCUCGAGGAAAAAGUAGCGGCAGAACGGCGGGAGCGCGUUCUGCAAACAGAACGCGACAGCACCAAGCUGUUCGAAGCCGAAGAGGAAUUGGCGCGACUUCGUAAUGAAAUCAGCUGCGUGACGAACUCGCAAAACUCUCGGCUUCAAGACCUGGAGAGUCGUAAUCAGAGCUUGGAGGAGAUCAAAGGCAGUCUGGAGAAAGAGGUGCAGGAGAAAUCGAGCCUGGUGAACGAAUGCGUGGAACGUAUCCGGGAAUUGGAGCUCGUGCUGACCAAGACGCAGCAAGAGAGCACGACGCACAGGGAGUCCGAGGGUCGUCUAGGAGAGGAGUUGGCAGCUGUCAGACAAAGCUUGAGCGACAAAGAGACGUUGGUGGAGAACAUGAAACUGGAAUUCGAGAGAAACUCGAAUCUGCUGAACGAGGAGCUGCGAAGAACGAGAGAGACAAUCGAGACGAUGAAAAGAGAGAACGCAUGCGAGAAGGACUCGCUGCUGUCGGAAUAUCGACAGACGAUCGAGGAGAAAGAUCGGCUGAUCAAGGUAAAGACCGAAGAGCUGGAGAACGAGUCGAGAAAAAUGUUAGAACGGCAGAAUGCAGCUCUGGAGAGCCUGAAGGCCGAGACUGCUCAGCGUAUCGGUGAACUUUCAGAGUCUUUCGAGCAGCAGUUGCGCGCGAAGGACUCGAAAAUCGAGGAGGUCUCGCAGCAACUCGGCCAGAAAGCUUCCGAGACUGAGCGGCUGUCGGCCGAAUUGGCCGCUGAACGAGAACUUCGUAAAAAAAAGGACGAGGAACUGAUUAGCGCUCUACAAAAGUUGGAAGAAUUAAGUACGAGGCUCAAAUUGGCCGAAGAAAACAAUAAUCUAUUGUCCAGACAGAUCCAAGAUUAUAAGACUAAAAGUGACGACGGUAUCAGGAUCAUUCACGAGAAGCAACAGUUGGAGCAAAAUCUAGCUAGUUUAAUCGCCUCAGAGGAAAAAUCUACCGCGCAAUUGAACAAAUUGAGUGAGGAGCUAAGAGAAAAGGAUCAAGAGCUCGCAAAAUUGCGACACGCCACCGAGGCGCAAAUCGAAGAAAUAACUAAACGCUUCGAGGCCCAAAUUAAUGAUAAAGUCAAGUAUAUCGACGAAAUAAAUGUGGAUAUCGCACAGAAAGUUCUGAUACUCGCACAAUUGGAAAAGGAUAUUACCGAUCUGAAGGCGAUUAUAGCGACCAAGGAUGAGGAGAUCAAACAUCUUUUCGAAAAGACAUCAGAGUUACAAGAUGCUCUUACGCUAUCCGAGCAAACGAAGACCAAUUUGGAGAGCGAACUUCGCGUGUUUGAAUCGAAUAUGCAAAGUUUGAAUCAGCAAGUCGCCAGAGCAGAAGAAAAGAUAUUACAACUCUCGUCGCAAAAGGAGAAACUGGAGUCUGAUAUAGCGAGCGCAAUUAGCAGUUCUGCCAAUUCGUCCGAGCAACUCUCGAAGUACAACGAGGAUUUGCGUAAGAAAGAGAAGGAGUUGGACGAAGCUCGCGAGAGGGUCUUCCAAACAGAAGCCACGUUAAGACUGACGGAGGGGAAGCUGUCCAGCACCGAAACGGAGCUAAACAGAAGCGCGGCGUUAGUGGAACAACUGCGCUCGGAAAAAUCGAAUGUGGAAUCGCAGAUAAACAAUGUCAAGAAAUCGAACGCGGAGUACGGCGAGAGGGUGCGCGACUGUGAACGAAAGGAGGGUGAAUUAUUGGCGAAGUUGGAGGAGGGUGAACGAGCCAAGAAAAGUUUAGAGGAAAGGUCUCGCGAGGUCGCUAGCCUUUCGGAACGAUUGACGAAGAGGGAGAAGGAGAUUGUUGAUCUCCGCGGGGAGUACGAGACGUCGCAAAGUUCUCACAAGGAAGAAAUAUCCUCGCUGCAGAAAAAAGUCGUCGACUUGUCGGCCGAGUUGUCGAGCUCGCAGGAUGAGAUGAAAAACUUGCAGAAGUUCAAGAGCAAACUGGAGGCCGAUCAGAGUGCGAGUCGAUGGUCAAUCGAGGAAUUGACGGAGAAACUGAGAACCGAGUCGGACAAAGCGUCAAAGUUGGAGGAUGCGAUUCGGGAGAAAGACUCGAAGCUGCGGGACGCGGAAAACAGGUGGUCGGAGUUGCAGAAGAUGAACGACGCUUUGGCGACCGAUAAAGCAGCAGCUGAUAAGAACUUAAACGCGUCCUUGAACACUAUGACCGCUACGGUAGAAGAGUUGCGGGUCGAGUUGCAGAAUGCCGAGGAGGCAAUAAGAGGUAAGGCAGACGAGGUGUCGAAGGUGAGAGCGGAAGCGGAAAAUUCGCGCGCACAAAUAGCGGAACUGAACGCUACUAUCUCCUCUAUGAGAGAGGAACAUGCUCGCAAUAGUAAUGAGCAACUGAAAAACGCACAAGAAGCGGCCGCACAGAAGCAAAGCGUGGUAAACGAGUUGACCGAACGCAAAACCGCUUUGGAGAACUCCGUGAAGUCGUUGGAGGCUCAAUUGUCGAAUUUGCGCGAGGAAUUGGAUAAAAGGGACAAGCAGCAGGCGGAAGUGGAGAUUAAAGUGAAAGAAUCAAUGGCUUCCAAGGAGGAGGGAAUGCUGAAGCUGCGGAAUUCCAUGGAACACGAAGUCGCAGUUAAACAGCAAGAAAUCGAGCAUGUAAAUAAGCAGAAUAACGAACUAGAGGGAAAAUUACGAGCGUCGCGUGACGUUGUAGAUAAACAGAAAGCCGAUUUGAGCGACAAGGAGACCGUCAUCGGUGAAUUGAAGGCGCAGAUCAAGACUCUGGAGGACGCGCAGGUGGAGAAAGUCAAGGCGGAGCAGCAGUCGCGGAACGAGGAGAUCAAGAUGAAGCAGAACGAGCUGAGCGGCGCGAACAAGCGAAUCCACGACUUGCAGCACGCGGUGAACACGCUGGAGAAGCAGCUGCAGGAGCAGGCGAUGAAGUCGGCCGACCUGGCGCGGACUCUGGAGAACAACGAGAAGGAGGUGAACAAGAAAGUGCAGAAUCUGCAGGAGAAGCUGAACGUCGCGAAGGUGGAGGAGACGCGAUUGCUGAACGAGCUCAGCCGGCUGGAGAAGGAGCACAAACAGCUCACUGCGAAAUGGAUCGAGGCGACGGAUCAGCUGAAGCUGUCGCAGGAGAAUCUGAAGAACACGUACGACGGAACCGGGGACGCGAAACAGCGCAUCGUCGCGAAGGACAUCGAUGUCGCGCAGCUGCAGGAAGAGAACAACACCGCGAAGGGCCAGAUAGAUUUCCUCAACUCGGUGAUCGUCGACAUGCAACGUAAGAACGAGAGCCUGCUAUGCAAGAUCGAGGUCCUGGAGAUGGGUGUCCCCGCUAACGAGGCCGAGGACUACUCCCGAAGCACUCUGGACAAGCGAGCGGCGGCACCGCGCAUGUUCUGCGACAUUUGCGAUCAGUUCGAUCUGCACGAGACGGAGGACUGUCCGCGACAAGCUCAGGACUUCACGGAGAGCGGCGAGAAACCGAUGAAGCCCAAAUCGAAGAAGCAGCCGGUGGAGAGACCGUACUGCGAGAACUGCGAGAUAUUCGGACACGAUACGCGCGACUGCGACGACGCCGAGAUGUUUUAACGUUAUGUUACUGUCCGUAGACUUCUUCCGUCGCUUGCUAGGGGUCCCGUAAAGAGCUGUAAAGAGAUCUAUUGAAUCUUACAGAGUAUAUUUUUGUAUGGUGGACUUUCGAUUGGAUCCUACAUCCGAAUAACGGUCUUCCCGAGUGGAAUAAGUACGUAGAAAUAAGUUCAUAUUCCCUCCAAAAAAAAGAGAGAGACACCGUACUUUUACACCGCGACGCAAGACUUUUGCAGAAUUUUUCUGCAAAAAUAUGGAAACUUAUCUUUAAUUAUUUCUCUUUGCAUUCUUUAGUCCCAGUUAUAUUAAAUAUUAAUUUAUUUUAAUGUUAUUUAUAUAUUUUCGCUGCAAAGAUAUUGACAACAAUAUUGAAAUUCAAUUUAAUAGAUAGAAUUGAAUUUACAUUGACUGAAUAUAGAUUUAUUUCACAUUGACUGACUUAAAUCAAAGAUUUACUGUUGAUACGAUUUAGUUGUUUCGGAAUUAAGGAAGAAAGGAGAUUUGGAGAUCAUCGGGAGGAUUCAAUCGAUGAUAGUAAUUUGUUAUCUUUGCUGACAAAUAUUUUUGGAGGGAGUAUACACUCGUUUUUCAGCUUUAAUACCUGUUUUGUAACAUCUGUGGCGAGUUACACGUGAUUUUGUACAUACUAGAUACUUGAAUUAAUCUGCUCUUUAUUUAAUAUUUAUUUUCGCGUUUAUACGCUUUAAGGAGCUUUAAAGGAGACAGUUCCUGUAAUCGUUGUUGAUAAAAAGCGUAAUUUUUGAGGCUCCUUCGAUCAAUUUCCGCCUCUUUGCGAACGAGAUUUAUUCCCUUAAUACUCUCCGCUGGGAGAGACUUUACAGUCUUUACAGUCUUCUUCAUCUAAUAGACAAGAAAGAAAAUAAACUAGAAAUGCAUGUAUAUGUCUCGAACAAUUUUGAAACUAACUUCGAGAAAUAUUGUGACCUGUUAUUAUCUUGCCUUUUCGUUACGAGUUUUAGGCUCAAGGCUGAUAUAUUUUCUAAGUCGACUGCAUUGUUGUAAUAUAUGAUGCCUUGGAGAUAAUGCUUUGUAGAUAAGAAUAAACAGAAAAUCUUCCAACCUCUCAUACGAAAA